AUGUCUUCGAAGCCAUUCAACAAGAAAAGAUCCGCCCCUGACGGCUCGUCAUCCUCGGCAGGUGGUAAAUCCAAAUUUUCAAAAACCAACAACGGUAAACCUCAAUCAUCCAAAUCAUUCGCCAACAAGGGAAAUGAAAACGCUGGUAAAUACCAGAACAAGAACAAAGGCAACAACAAUGGUAAAAGCCGAUCAGCACCUAUAAGGGAAAAGGAUGAAGAUGUGAAAAGACGUAAGAAACCUAUUACAGCAGGUGGUGGGGAAGAAAACGUCGAUGACGAUGAAGAUAUAAGUAUGGAUGAUGAUGAAGGUUCUUUCUCCGAAGAAGAAGAUGAAGUUGAAGAUGAAGAUGAAGAUGAAGAGAUGGGUGAUAAAGCUUUAGAAGGACACGAAGGGGAGGAACAAGAGAAAAAACCUAAAUUGACCAAAUCUGAGAAAUUGGCAUUACAUGCAGCUCAACCUCAUCGAACUACUUUAUUACCUUCUCAUCCAUUACUUCAUGAUACACUCUUACCACUUUGGGAGACUGCACGAAGAGCAGAUUUAUCGAAAGAUCAAAGGAAAAAGGCAAUUAACGAAUUGUAUAAUGCUGUCAAGGGGAGGAUUAACGAGGUUUCGAGAGGACAUAAAGGUGGGAGAGUCCUACAGACUAUCGUCAAAUUCGGUGGCAAGGAGGAACGUACAGGUGUGGCUAUGGAGUUGGAACCUAGAUGGAAAGAUAUGAUGGAAUCGAAGUAUUCCAAGUUCCUCAUGUCCAAACUCAUCCGAUACGUCCCCUCCAUCCGACCUCUCCUGAUCCCUAAACUAACCCCUACCCUCUUAACACUACUGAACCACUCAAACGCCGUCACUCCCUUGUCCGACUUCUACGAUCUCUACGCUACCUCAAAAGAACGUAAACUGCUCGUGAGAGGGUUCUACCCACGAGAACUGAAGAUUUUCGAUGGUGGUAAACAAGGUAUCGAAGUUAAGGGGCUGGAAGCUUCAUUGGAGGAUCUGAUAGGUGAUGAAAGUAAAGGAAGAGAAAGGAUCUUAGAUGGUGUAGAAAAAACUGUUUUGGAUGUAUUCAACGCUACUCAGAAACAAGCUUUGGCUCAAUCGAUCUUCCAUCGACUGGUUCUUGAAUACGUUACUUGUAUCUUCAAGUUUUUGGAUGAGGAAACUGCUGAUAAGAAACUGCACGAAUUGUUAGCUGCCGGUGCAGAGAGUUUCCCCGAGAUAGUACAUACCAAGGAUGGUUCGGCUGUCGUGCGAGAGUUGAUCGUCAGAUGUAAUGCCAAGGAUCGAAAAACUAUCCUUCAACCUCUUCGUAAACACGUCGAAGCAUUAUGUAAAGAUGGUGAUGCUCAGAUGGUGUUGUUUACCGCUUUCGACUGUGUCGAUGACACCAAACUUAUGGGUAAAGCUUUCGUUUCGGACGUUGCAUCCCUCGCUACCAACUUGGCGUUCGAUAAACAAGGUCGAAGGGUUUUACUUUACCUUUUGACCCCAACGUCGACCAAACAUUUCAUGCCUCAGACUAUCCAAUCGUUAGCUGCUUCUGCCUCCCACGCCAGGGAGUUGGGAACCAGUAAGAAGGACACCGAAGUGAGAAGGAAGGAGUUGCUCAGCUAUGCCUCCGAGGGGCUGUUAAAGGCUGUAGAAGAGAAAGGAGAUGAGAUGGUUAGAGACCCAGGAGCGGGCCUGGUCGUACAAGAAGUAUUAAUCUAUGCUAAAGGAGAUAAAUCUGGAGCCAUCUCAACUUUAUCUCAAGCAUUAUCAAUCCCCUACCCCGAUCCUGCACCCGUCGACCCCAAUCCUGAUCAAACCACUUCUCAUCCUCUCGAUCUCUCCCAUUCGAUUCGUACUUACAAGACCCUUUUGUCUGGAGGUCAUUUCAACAAUUCUACUAAAACUGUCGAAAUUACCGAUGAGGACUUAUCACCCAAAUUCGCUUCUGCCAUUUGGGAAGCAAUAACUGAUGAGUCCGUAGGAGGGGAUGAUAAUGUGUUGAGGAUAUGUAAAGGUAAUGCACCAUUCGUUAUGGUAGAGCUUAUUGAAGCGCUCAGGAAAUCAGGAGAGGUGAGUAAAGUGAAGAAGGUACUGGGUAAGAAGGGUGUAAAGGAGGAGGUGGAGAAGAGUGUAAGGAAAGGUGCGGGUCUGUUAGCUGAGAAGAUUGCGGAGUUGUAG